AUGGUCAGCAGUACUGGUUGCAUUUUUGGCCCUGAGACAUGGUGGCUGGCGGUGGUUGCAUCAGUGUUGGGCAUGUUUGAACCUGCCAUAGAACCAGCCAUUCGAACUUUGCUCACAACAGUAGUUGGAGUGAGUGAGGUUGGCAGAGUCCUAGCUCUCUCUGGCCUCCUGGAGUCUGCAUGGUUUACAGUUGAUCAGACCAUCUACACUGAACUCUAUAAUGCCUUCGUCAAAACAUUCCCACAGAUCAACUUUGUAGUGCAAAGCAGUUUGUGUGUCGUGCUGAUUUUGGUACUGGUGUUCCUUCGUCUGGACAUGGGUCGACAACCUGCAGCCACUCAUACCCAUGACCCAACACUCUCUACCCACACCACCUGUGACACCAUCUACAGUGUGCAGGGUACUCAAGUAGAUCAGGGCAACAAAGAUGAUGCUCACAGUCCUCCCAGUGACAGUGCCCAUGCCCAUCAUACAUAACUAGUAUGUUGAACUCUGCUAGAUGACCACAUUUAUAGCAAUAUUGUAUAUAUUUAUUUUUUUAAUUACAGUUUUCCCAUGUUUUGUGUGAAGGAAAUAUGUACUGUAUGGAGAAUGGGCAAGGGAAAGAUAACCAAAUGCAUUUUCUUUCUUAGAUUAGUACUAAAUUUACACUAUAUACGUAUUUGCACUGAAAUGCGUAUAUGCUGUGUACACUGUGAUAUACAGUAUAUCUGCUGAACCUAUUCUCUUUAUACAGUAUGUCUGUUAAAUCAAUUUUCUGUCAUACAUAUUUAUAAUAUAUUCAUAAUAUUCCUCCAAUGAGUCUUAUUUUUUCUUACAUUUCAUACAAUUAGAGAAUAAUUUUCUUACAGAUAGUUACAUAUUAAAGUACAAUUUCGUGUUUUAAUCUCUGGGAGAAUAAUGUGUACUGUAUUGUACAGAGUUUGUAAAUGUAUACACCCAACCUGUU